AUGACAUCUACCAAACCUCCCCCCAGGGGCAGGCGAGCAAGUACAAAGGUGAAGACUGCAGCAUCCGCGGCUGCAAGUAAAGCCAACGGGAAGAAGAAGAAAACACGUCACCCGCCCCAAAACCUCAUUGGUGCAACUUUUGUCACCAUUCUUGGAGAGGAUGACAAGCCUGUCUUACAAGGAACACUCCAAGAAGCAGAGCAGAGGCAGUUGGUCCGUGUCAAGCUGUCAGAAGUUGAUGAUGCUGCCUUGCAAGGUUUGUUGAAUAAACUGGAUGUAGCUAACAAUUCAAGAAUCCCACGCGACCUGUACAAUAUGCUGGAGAAAAAACCAACAAAUUGUACAGUGAUCGAACCAGUGUCAAGCAUCAAUCUACUUGAUGACGAUGCUCCUCCAGCUCCUCCAGCUUCUGUGUCUGAAGUCGCCCCUGUUCCAGCUCCUCCAGCUUCUGUGUCUGAAGUUGCCUCUGUCACCCCUAAUGUCACCCCUACUCAAGCUUCUGCGUCUACAGAACAACGCAUUGCUAAGAUGCCCAGUGGACAAUUUAAGCGGCUGGCAAGAAAGUCCACGGGUGGGAAAGCACCCAGGAAAAUCCACUUCCAACAACCUUCCGAGCCUACCGAAAAUGAGCCUUCCGAGCCUACCGAAAAUGAGCCUACCGAAAAUGAGGCAGCCAAGCAGAUGACAUCCACCAAGGCAACAUCCACCAAGGCAACAUCCGCCAAAGCAACUGAAACAUCCGCCAAGGCAACUGAAACGGAGGCCAACCCCAACAAGGCUCCUCCUGGUAGUUGUGAGUGCUGCAACCAACCCAACAAGGCUCCUCCUGGUAGUGUGAGUGCUGCAACUGGUUCUGCCAAGGCAACUGAAACGGAGGCCAACCCCAACAAGGCUCCUCCUGGUAGUGUGAGUGCUGCAACUGGUUCUGCCAAGGCAACUGAAACGGAGGCCAACCCCAACAAGGCUCCUCCUGUAGUGCCCAAGGGUAUCCAUCGAAGCAUCCAUGAUUCUGAGGAACAAGACGAAGAGUGUGCGGUACGUAUCAAGGAAAAGCUUGUUCGUACUGGAAGGGAGCAUGUGUUUGACAAGAACCAUUUCCCAUCUCAUCUUUUGAGCGAUCCACUCUUGCCCUUGAAACGUGCAAUGACUGUUGCCAAUUUGGUCAAAAUGGGAUUUGGACCUCAGUUGGAGGAGAUCUACGAUCAGCACGGUAAAAACUAUGCUGAUGAAGCACACCUGGACAAUGGAGAUCCAACUCCAAACGUCAACCAAAGUGAAGACAUCAACUCUGGAGAAGAUAUCAACGCCCAAGCCCAUGUCAGGAAUAUCCAAGGUCUGGUACGUCCAAAGCCCAAAACUACUGCCAGGCGUGCCAUUGAGGAAAACGACGAGGACGAGAAGUUGAUCUGGAGAAGUUGA